AUGGAUCCAAAAAGAGUCUGGUUCUUUUCUCCUGGUUUCAACUUUCUUCCUGAUGGCGAAAUCUCAUUAGGCUCAAUUAUUGCUCAUCCAGAUCGGCCUACGCUCUCGCUCGCGUCGCUUGAUUCCGCAUCUCAUCCAGAAAUUGCCCUCCCAAAGAUCAAUACCAUGACCGAGUCUGAUCACCAUCACUCCCAAAGCCAGAGCACGUCACUUAUCGCUCAAGCUUUCUCCAAAUUUGCAGACCUAGCCCAGACACACGGAAAUGCGAAUAUAUCCCACUUCACCAACACGGCUUAUGGCAGUUCAGACUUCGAAACGAGAGUAUUUGGUAGUCGCAUGAGCGACGAUACAUUGAAGGCAGUCGUUGGUCUAGAUCGGGUCAGGAAGUAUAUAGAUGGAGCCAUGUUUCGCAAGCGGCCCGUCUACAUUAUCUCAGGGUUGCGAAUUGCCAAGGACUCCUUUCAAGUGACGAGCGGAAGUGGGUUGGCAAAUUCGGCAUCAGUGGGAAUUUCUAUCUCUACAGCGACGGACCCUUUUUCUCUUUCAGGAGGGGGUGAUGUGGCCGUAAACAGAGAGCAAGGCAAGAAUGACAGUUACAAGACUGCUCCCGGCGUUGUGUUUGCAUACAGACUACAUGUCAUUCGGACUAAGAGGGAUGGUGAUAUUGAAACUGAGCUGUUCUCUCACCGAACGGCGUUUCUCACCGGCGAAGGCGAGGAUGAAGACUCUGAAGAAGAGUGGGAGCAAACAGAGGUGUCCAAAAAUGUGCUGCUUAGCGACAUGGAGAUUGAUCCUGAUUUCGAUGAAUAUACACUGGGUGAAGAAGGGGAGGAAUGUUGUAUUGCAUUCAGACAUUAG